UAAUUUUAAUCUUGAUACGGAAGAGUGAUGACCCUCUGGCGAUUGCAUUACUUGCUGCAGACUGUAAUAAUAGUUGCAGUAAUAAGCUAUACAUGUGUUUUGUGCAUGGAAGAAGGUUCACAAGGAAGGAUGGGAAAAUGUUUGCACGGGAAUUCUGAAAAAACUGUGUCUUAUUUAUCAGGGUUGCUUAACUUUGAAACUUUUAGAAUUGCAGAAAUUAAAGAUUUCGAUGCUACAAUAUCAACAGGAGAAAUUGUCCUCACUUGGAAAAUUAAGCUAAAUGACACUGGCGAAUAUACAAAUCGGAGUAGGACGCUACAGAUUUCCCGAAAUUCAGCGACAGAAACAUACCAGGAUAACUCAACAGUUGUGAUGGAUGAGUGGUGUCAAUCUCUUUCUAACAAAGAUAUAGCGUGUAAAUACUGCUAUUCUCCGAUCGAAAAUUGUACGAAUUACAAUUUUAUUCUUGGGAAACGAAAAUUUAAUGUCACUACAGUGUCCAUUGUUGAAAAUUCUGCAACGUUUGAGCUGACUCAUGAUGAAAAUUAUCCUGUAAAAUUAACUUGGGAAAUUGACUGCGUUACAACCGAGUACAUGCAUCCAGUUUCAGUUCUGACCUCUGAAAUUGCAAAGUUUUCCAGAGCCGAUGCCACGUGUAACUCAACAGAAAAAAUCUGCGAAUUGCGUCUUGCGAAGGCGCUGAUACCUCGUUGUAUACCUCAUGUUAUAUACGUAAAUAAAGAAAAAGUCACAUUGGACGCCGAAACAUACUAUGCACACGCGAUACAAAAUUUCUCUGUCAAGGUGGGGAAUGCAGACAUUCAGUUAGAAUGGAACGAGCCCAUUUGUCCACUUGUUCCAAGCAACACUGAUUCCUACUACGAGUUGUUUGUGUUUGAAACUAAUACGCAACAGGAUGUGUAUAGUAGUCAAAUACCUUCUAAGUGUUUUAAAGGAAUUUUAAGGCGCAGAUUGACAUUCAAUAAAAAUAGUAGCAAUGGAUGUCCUGGCUCGUACGAAGCAUUGCAGUUUCAGUCUGCGUUAAAAUCGUGCGUCAACUAUUCCAUCGAGCUUAUUAAUCCAGAAAGAAGAAAUAGUGCACUUCUGAAGAAUUUCGAGUCGUUACCAUUCAUGUUGCAAUCACUUCCAUCCAAAGAAAUCCAAAAUGUUCAAAUUGUAGACACUUCGUCAAAUGGAUUUCAAAUCAAAUGGGAAAUUCCCGUUCACUGCCAAAAUGUGAAAAACGUAAUAAUACCCAUAAAAAUCAAUAAUCAGAUACUUAUCUCUUUGAGCCUCUCGGAUGUCUAUGCAGCAUGCAACAAGAGGACUUGCGUCGUGAAUUGGGAAUAUCAUUCUAACAUUGUACCAUGCACAAAUUAUAAUGUUACAGUUGGCGUGUAUACAGUGCGAUUUACAACUCCUCCUCCAGGGAAUCCUGUGGUUAACGCUCCGAGGAACUCAUCCUUUGAUGGCUCCAUUGUGGAAUGGCGUGUUCCAAUUGAUUGUCGCGAUCUUCUAUCUAUUUCAGCAGGACGGUCAUCUCUGGGCAGUCUAAUCGAAACACCAAGUUGUAGUGGAAAUUUGUGCAACAUGGAGUGGCGCUUCCAGAAAAAAUUUAAUUCAUGUGCCACUUAUAAUAUUUCGUUGGGCGUGUUUCCUCUAACCGUCAACACGUUACCGGACGUUCCGGAUGGAGUAGCCACUGACUUUUCUAUCCGGCCUGAAAAACAAGCUAGCCCUGAUCAGCGUGGUACAGCAGUCAUCACCUGGAGUCAUCCAGUUUGUCAAACCUCCAAAAUUCUCGGAUGGCAAAUCUUUAUGAGGAAGGUGCGGUCAAACAAGGAAGUCGCGAGGCAUAUGUCAAAUCUCGCAUCCCGAUUUGAAUUUGACGUGAAACCAUGUGAAAUAUAUUAUGUUAGCAUCCGGACACAAUACGAAGGUGGAAGUGAUCGCUACUCGACGGGAGAAAAAUCGUUUGAAGCAAAUUGCCCCAAGAAGUUUCUGGUGCCAAUCAUUGCAAUUGUAAUUUUAUUACUGGUGGCCAUCAUCAUCGCAUUCGUCUUUCUAAGAAUAAGGAGAAGGGAAGCGAAACAAAAUCAAACGGAAGGUAUCGAUAUUAUGUUGACAACUGAGAGCCGCAACAGAGUAACAUCGAUAAGUCGCAGUAGGCUUCCGUCUUUUAACUUCAACAGGAUUUCGUCCAACAGCCGCCAGAGCUCCAUGGGAAAUGCUGAAGACGAUUUAAACACUUUGCCUCAAAUGACAAAACGACCAAUGUUUGUUCGAGACUUAUGUUCUUUCGAUGUUGGACAAGCUCGCAUGGAAUUCUUUUUAAUUAAUAAUUUGUCAGAAAUUGAAGCAAAAAAAAUUGCUCGAACAAUGGCCCAACGGUCGGAAAAUAAAAUCAAAAAUCGAUUUUUGAACACCCACCCAUAUGAUUUCAACCGUGUCGUAUUAUCUCACUCCGAGCAACACCAAAACGAGAGUUACAUUAACGCCUCCAUUAUUCCAGGAUUUGAUGAAACAAAAAACGAGUACAUUGCUGCUCAAGGCCCAAAGGAGAAUACUGUAGGAGAUUUCUGGCGAAUGAUCUGGGAACAAAAAGUAAAACUGAUCGCAAUGCUUACUUCACUUCACGAAAACGGCAAGAAAAAAUGUGAAAAAUACUGGCCCAACCAAGGUGAAUCGGUAGUUUAUGGGGACUUAAAAUUAGAAUUGCUUAACGAAAGUGUAAACUCGUUUUACACCGCACGCAACAUUCUUAUAACUAGGUCUCCUGACCUGUGGCAAGAGAUCCAGCAAUUUCACUUUACAGCAUGGCCGGAUUUUGAGAUUCCUGAGCAACCUGAACAGUUAAUUGGGUUUAUUGAAAUUAUUCGCAGGGAAGCUAGUCAACUGAACUCCCCCUCACCCAUCGUUGUCCAUUGCAGUGCUGGAGUUGGAAGAACUGGUACAUACAUAGCUCUCGAUUACCUAAUCCAACAAGUACUCAUCACUGAUGUUGUUGACGUCCCAAGGACAGUUCGUCAUCUAAGACGUUUCCGCACAUCAAUGGUUCAAACAGAGGCACAAUAUAUUUUUCUGUAUACCUGCAUUGCUCACUAUGUCAAAACAAGGCUUUCAUCUAACGGAGGACAAAUGUAGCGCCACAUUUUAAAACUUCUCUUUCCCCAGUAUCUGUGUCGUGCUAUUCCACUGCGGAUUAAGGCGGUAAGACUGGUUUAAAAUGGAUUUGAUUUAACGAUCUUCUGUCUUUAUUUGUUGGAACAACUCAAGCAAAAAAAUGUCUAUUGAUAUAUCUAUUGACACGUAAAGGACAUUUUUAGCUUGCCAUUCUAGUAGGAAGGAUUUUGGGGGAGAGGAUUUAUGGAUUGUUCUGUUCUCGAUUAAGCUGUUAUUUUCAGAAACCAAAACGAUUUAGAUUGCCAACUGUUCUUAGUCGGAUUAUCAAAUGCACUAGUCGUAGAAAAGAAA